AUGACUACACACGGGCUAGGUUUAUACAGCAUAGGGCUAUACAUGUUGUUUUGCUUUCUCUUACGUCAUGCCGAUUUGUACAAUUUAGACAUACCGCACGCUAUUCCACUCAGGGGUCCGAAUGGAUCAUUUUUUGGAUAUUCUGUGUUGCUCCACAAGCAUCAGCAACAGACAUGGUGCGUGUUAACAUUUUAAUGCGAUUAAAAUGUAAAUGAUUGAGUGUGCAACAGAAUGGAAUGUUUAUUUUAGUUUGGUGAACUUGUUUUUAAUCUUCCCAUUAUGUUCUCCACAUUUAUGACUGUCAAAUUCUGUCUGUUAUAGGGUAAUAGUUGGUGCACCAGUUGCAAAUUCAAAGUUCAACCAGGCUGUCAGGAAUCCUGGAGUAAUCUACAAGUGCAAAAUUACAGACAAGAAGGACUGUGAACAGAUUCAACUCGGUUAGUAUAUUAAUCAAUGAUUAACUGUCGCCAUACUUAAUCCCAUGUUAUUGUAGAUUUACCGCACCAACAAUCUUUAGAUACUUUAAGUAUAGCUUUUUCAUCAUUCAUCUCACAUUUUUGGGACAGCCUGAUUGGGAUUCAAACCCGGGGACCUUCUUCUGUCAGUCAACCUCUUUAUGCGGUCGUUAUUGUAGGUGUUGUAUUAAGAUCUCCACAAUAUCAAUAGUGCUUCAGUGUCCCCCCAGUGUCCUUUUACACCAGGGGUGGGAAACUCAUUUAGCCCUGCAGCCUGAUUGGGAUUCAAACCCGGGGACCUUCUUCUGUCAGUCAACCUCUUUAUGCGGUCGUUAUUGUAGGUGUUGUAUUAAGAUCUCCACAAUAUCAAUAGUGCUUCAGUGUCCCCCCAGUGUCCUUUUACACCAGGGGUGUGAAACUCAUUUAGCCCUGCAUUUCCUCUGUCAAAAUUUGCAAAAAAUAGUCCUCUAUCCAUUGUUUUUUUAUAUUUUCAAUGCUCCCUGAUUGUCUUGCUUUCGUUUCGGUGAUUGUUAGCAAGCUGGACAGAGUGAAGAAACUAUAUAAAUGUAGGUCCAUUUAAAUUUCUACCCUAUUUUUUUAUUUGGUUUUAGUCAAAUUUGAUUUCAAUGUAGAUUGAGGAAAAUAGAUUCAGCAAAAAUAUUGUAGCGACCGUGACCCCACACCUAGCGACCUCAUCAAGAUGUUCAGACCUCUUGGCGUAAGGUUAAGGUGGUGGCUUGACAGUUGCUGGACCCAGGUUUGAGUCCCAGUCAGGGCUAAGAUUGGUGUCAGAAGUGGGAUGGCGCCCGUGAUGCCAUUGGAGAGUUAUGUACACGUGAGCAUGAGGACAUGCUCUCUGGAAGGAAGGGGGUAAUGUAGUGACCUUAACCCAACACCUAGUGACCUUGUCAAUAGGUUUGGACCUCUUAGCGUAAAGGUUAAGGUGAUGAUCACAGUUAAGUCUUAGAUAUAGCCCAACAUAUUGUAAUAAACUACAUUUGUAAACUAAAUAGCAUUUGUUUGUGUUUGUUUUGCUUUUUUCAUGCUUUGAGAUUCUUUCUGUAAUGAAAAGGCUAAGCAAAUUAAAUGCAUUAUUAUUUAUUAGUAACACCCAGACUGCACUAGAAGCAGUCUUCAGAUACUUAAAUACCCAGGGUUUCCCCUCUAACUACCUCAUCUACAGUUGCCAGGAGCUAGUUUGGUGCUGGGUUGAUUUCCUGAUAAACUCAUGCUUGUCCUGGGUUGAUGACAAAUGUGUUGCUGUUGUUGUUUAAUUUCUCCAUGUAGGUGUGAUGAGUGACAUGCCCUGUGGCAGACACUGCUCUGCUGAGGUUGAUAACCAGUGGCUUGGUGUGAGCCUCUCCAGGCGGCAGCGGGAUGGACUUGUGUUGGUAUGUGUAGUGUGGAAUGAAAUUUAAACCAACAUUAUUUGUUUAUUUGAAUGUAUUUCAUUUCACAUUUCAGGCCUGUGGACAUCGUUGGAAAAAUGUCUUCUUCACCAAAAAAGACCAUUCAAAUAAGUUGCCACAUGGUGUAUGCUACAAAUUGGAGGCGGACUUGAUUCAAUCAAGUCCUUUAAUUCCAUGCUACAGAGGUAUGGAAAUAUUGCAUCACUCAACAUGACUGUCCAGGAAUAUUGUCUUGCUGUAUGAAUGAAUGAAUGAAUGGAUGAAUGAAUUAAAGAACAUGUAGGUUUGGUUGAUGAGCUGAUAUACCAUCUCUAGUGUUUUUUAUCCCCCACUAUGAAUAGUUUGUAUCAACCAUUGUUGUCCUUCCACAUUUGUUUUGUUUUUUAAUAGAUCACCAAAAACAGUUUGGCAAUGACUACGCAUCAUGUCAAGCAGGGAUUUCAAAUGUCCUUAUCGGGGUAUGCUUGAAAUAUUUCUGCUCUCAGAGAAUUCUAACUUAUUGCAAAUUCUCAUUGUAAUAUUGCACAUUAAAUUGAGAUUAGUUAUAUUGGUGUGUACUGUUAUGCUUAACAGGACCUCAUAGUAAUGGGAGCCCCUGGAACCUUGUAUUGGACUGGGUCUGUUUUUGCCCACAACAUAUCCAGCCAGGUCACUGCUGCCUACUUGGAUGAUAACGUCGUCCUCUAUGGAAGUUAUUUGGGUAAGUUAAUUAGGGAAGUGAACUGACAUUACCUUUACACUAGUUAUAUUCAUAUCUUGUCUUUCUAUCAUCUCAAAGUGACUGACAUUCAAUACAUGUACAGUAGGGUGACCAUACUGUCCUUUCCCUCUCUCUCUCUCUCUCUCAGUUGUUGUUGAGAAAAAAUCAUUUGAAUGAUCAGACACUGAACUAUAACAAAUCACCCUCAUAAAUUGAAGAACUCAGAAAUCACACAUGGCCCUGUUUGAAAACUCUUAUAAGGCAUUUUACACUUCUCUAUUCCUUGAAUUAAUCACUGAUCUGACAACAUGUGGUGUAUCACAUAUAGUAUGUUCAGGGUGUUAAAAGGUUGAUUCAAAACGAGACUAAAACAGGUUCUCCUAAAAGAGGCUUCUGGAGGUCAGUGUGCAUGGGAGAGAUCAUGAUACCCAGGUCUUGAACAUUCCACAGCUUCCUUCUUGAAAACCAAAACUUAAAAAAGAAACCAGCACAGUGAAACCAUGUACAUUGAACUUUCACCUGUAGUAUGCACAUGUCAAAUAAUAUCAAUACCAUUUCAAAUAGAAGGGAAGGCAUAUUAUGCGAUGCAAGUUCCAAAUACUAUGACUCCAGUUUGUAUUGUAUGCAUCUAUCUCUCUCUCUCUCUCUCUCUCUCUCUCUCUCCUCUCUCUCUCUCUCUCCUCUCUCUCUCUCUCUCUCUCUCUCUCUCUCUCUCUCUCUCUCUCUCUCUCUCUCUCCUAGUCCUAACCCUAAACUCCCCUGCACUUUUCUAUCACACAAUUAUCACACUUAUCUCCUGACAGGUUAGAUGAAUCCAUUGUGUAUGUAUGUAAGCAGUGAAACUGAUGCAGUGUCUCUCUCUUGAUUUAGGUUACUCAGUCAGCGCUGGCCACUUCCUGCACCCAGACUCCACUGAGGUAGUGGGAGGAGCCCCCCAGUAUGGGCAGACUGGUAGAGUAAGAGUUAACACUGCAUCCCUUUCCAACCCACUGUCAUCUACAGGAAAACAGAGAUACACUCAGGUCCUGUUCAAAUAUUGUUUAAAUGCAUUCUUCCUUCCUCCCUUCCUUGAAGUAAUCACUGACCAGAGAUUACUGUAUCGGUGUGAGCAAAUGUUCUAUUUUAUUCCUUCUUUAAAUUUGUCAUGUCAGAUCAGUGAUUAAUUCAAGAAAUAGAGAAGUGUAAAAUGCCUUAUAAGAGUUUUCAAACAGGGCCAUGUGUGAUUUCUGAGUUCUUCAAUUUAUGAGGGUGUUUUGUUAUAGUUCAGUGUCUGAUCAUUCAAAUGAUUUUUUCUCAAUAACUUUUCCGCAGGACAUCCUCACAAAUCAUAAAUGGGCCUUUUGGCCAAACAUUAUUGAACCCUGAUCUUGAGGGCCACAUAACCAUUGCUAUAAGAAUGGACAAAAAACCAAUCCCUUUCUUACACAUGAGUUUAUGCCUCAGCAUCAGACAGUGCAGUCUCCAAAUGUAAGUGUCCGACCCACUCUGUAUCUUCCCCAGGCCUACAUCUUUAGCAUGGAGUCCAGCACACUGAGCAUCAUCUCUGAGGUCAAAGGUCAAAAGGUGAGGAAGGGUCAUUACCAUGUUAUGUCUACAUAGGGAGAUUAGGUUUUGUCAUGUUAUGGCUACGCUGGAUAAUGUUUUGUCUAUAUUUUGGUGAUGUUAUGUCUUCGUUGAAAUGGUACUUCUCAAAGCGUAUGAUAAUUUUCUGAAAGGGAAUAUGUGCCGUCAAUAACAACGCUGACAUUAUCCAAUGGAUGCUCUCUGAUGUGCAGAUCGUAUUGAACUACCAUUGGGUUACCUUAUCCAAUCAUAAGGCUUUAAAUACUUCAUAUCUCCCAUCAUUUAAAGGUCUUUGGGUUUGUUACACAAGGGUGCGGUUUCCCAGACACAGAUUAGGUCUAGUGCUGGACUAAAAAGCACUGUCAAUGGAGUCUUCAUUGAGAAUGCUUUUUAGUCCAAUACAGGCUUCAUCUCUUUCUGGGAAACCGACCCAAGUUGUGUUUUUUUUCUCUUUUGCAUCCUGUUCACAGCUGGGUUCCUAUUUUGGGGCCACUGUGUGUGCGGUGGACCUGAACGCUGAUGGCCUGUCUGACCUGCUGGUGGGAGCUCCAAUGUUCAGCACCGUGAGGGAGGAGGGCCGUGUGCACAUCUACAUGAACCAGGGACAGGUGAGCAAAUAGUCGUCCCCCAGACAAGUUACUGUAUGGUGGAGGGCUGGUCGAUCUAGAGGCCUAAUUUACAUAUUUGUACUUUGUUACAGCAGUAGGGUUUCAAAAUUCUGGUAACUUUCCCAGGUUUUCCAGAUAUCCUGGUUGGAGGAUUGUGGAUUUCCUCCAAUUUCCAAUUGGUCUCUAGACACAAUGCUGUUGAACUUCUAUUUAAUAAAAGCUAUUUUUUCCCCUUCCUCAGGCUAACAUGAAGGAGAUGGAAUUUACAUUAGCAGGGAGAGAUUCAUAUGCAUCCCGGUUUGGGGAAAGUAUCACAAGUCUUGGAGAUAUCGACGAUGAUGGCUAUCCAGGUAAAUGUAUAUUUGCCAUUUGGGUCCAAAAUUGAUUAACAGCUGCAGAGUGAAACACAAAAGUCCCUUUCUUAAGCUAGUUUGGCCAGUGACAGAAUCUCAAAAUGUGAGAAUAGAUUGAAAUGAAUAGACUGCCUAACUGCUUUGCAGAUGUUGCAGUUGGGGCACCACAAGAGGAUGACCUACAUGGUGCUAUUUAUAUCUACAAUGGGAGGAAGACGGGACUUGAACAAUACUUUUCUCAAGUAUGUCCCCAGCCAGUGUUUGUGUUUGUGCAUGGGAAUGAGUGUGUGUGCGUUUGUGCAUGUGUCUGUCCCCACACUCUUAGAAAAAACUGUGCUAUCUGGAACCUAAAACGGUUCUUCGGCUGUCCUCACAGGAGAACCCUUUGAAGAAACCUUUAGGUUCCAGGUAGAACCCUUUUGGGUUCAAUGUAAAACCCUUUUCACAGAGGGUUCUACAUGGAACCCAAAAUACUUCUACCUAAAACCAAAAAGGGUUCUCCUAUGGAGACAGCCGAAGAACCCUUUUGGAACCCUUUUUUCUAAGAGUGAGUUUAACUGCUGGAAAUAUUAGUUCUGACUGAAUUCCCUAAAACAGUUUUUUACUCAGCUUGUGUGUUACAGUACUACUGUAAAGCUUGUUGGUUUGUUCAAUCACACAUCCAGUAUGAGUACAUCACUAUCGGUGACGAGACAAUGUAUAAUGGAAGAAACAAUGAUAAUGGUGCUUCGAUCUUUCCAACUCACAAGAAAUGUUAUUAAUUCUCUCCAUUUAAACAGAGGAUUGCUGGGUCUGCUUUGGGUAGUGCCUUCAAGAUGUUUGGCCAGUCUGUUUCUGGGGGCAUUGAUGUUGAUGAAAACGGUUACCCAGGUAAGACACUCCCAUCCCCCAACAACCCUUUCCUUCCUUCCUUCCUUCCUUCCUUCCUUCCUUCCUUCCUUCCUUCCUUCCUUCCUUCCUUCCUUCCUUCCUUCCUUCCUUCCUUCCUUCCUUCCUUCCUUCCUUCCUUCCUUCCUUCCUUCCUUCCUUCCUUCCUUCCUUCCUUCCUUCCUUCCUUCCUUCCUUCCUUCCUCUAUCUAUCUCUCUUUCUCUCUCUUUCUCUCUCUUUCUCUCUCUUUCUCUCUCUUUCUCUCUCUUUCUCUCUCUAUCUCUCUCUACCUAUCAUUCAAUCUAUUUCUCAGUUAACCUAUUCAUUCAUAUUGAUAUAGCCUACAUUUUCCUUCUGUCAAACAAACCACAUUACUUUUUAAUUCAUAUUUAAUAUUCAUAUACUGUUAAAGAUUACAGUGUAACCUUGUAAGACAAACUGGUAGUAAGGUAACAUUUCCUCUCCCAAUAUCUGUCCACAGAUGUGGCCGUGGGAGCCUUUCUGUCCGACUCUGCCGUUGUUCUGAGGUACAGUAAGAGCGCACCUGCAUUCACGACAGAAGACACAGCUUAACAAUCUGGACUUGAGAGUCUGAAGAAUAUAAUAUUUUUUUGAGAUUCCCCUUCAUUUUGUGUGUGUGUAUGUGUGUGUGUAUGUUUUGUGGGUGUAUGUAUUGUCUGUGUGUGCGUGUGUGUGUGCGUGUGUGUGUUUGUGUUACGCGUGUUUCCGUCUCUGGGUGGUAGGACGCGGGCGGUUGUUGUGGUGGAGGCGACGGUACUUCUUCCUCGUAGUGUGAACCGCACCUAUGCCCUGUGUACAGAGAACAGCCAGCCUGCCGUUUGCCUCAACACCACUGUGUGCUUCCAGUUGCACGCACGAAAUGUCUCUGGGCUCAUCGGUGAGACACCACACCCCACUCCACCCUAACACACCACACCACACCACAUCACACAUAUGAUUAUCCCAUAACUGUGUCCCACAUGCAGAAAUGCUAUACAACCUGACGGCUGACGUCAAGCACAAAGAGGGGCUCCAGUCCAGAUUCUUCUUCACCACCAACGGCACAGCGUUAUCAAAUGCCACAGCAGGCAGGAUCAAGACCAGGCAUGGCCAUAUGACCUGUGUUACCCACCUGGCCUUUCUGAGGGUGAGUGGACUGGGGGCUGGAGGUGACAAGGGCAGGGAAUGGGGGGACAGAGUUUGAUGGAGAGGUGUAGUAGUGUGAUCUCUGCCCCAGAGAGGUUCUGCUUCAGUAGAUGUGUUUGUGUCAAAUCAAUCAAAUAUUUCUGAUAUUGCUAUUAAUAUCAAGAAUGUGGAUUUUUUUUAAAAGUAGGCCUACAUCUGCUAGUCAGAAUGUGUGUGCAUGUGUGUGUGUGGUGUGUCCGUAGAAGUGGAGGUGAUGUUGACAACAUGUGGUGUAUCACAUAUAGUAUGUUCAGGGUGUUAAAAGGUUGAUUCAAAACGAGACUAAAACAGGUUCUCCUAAAAGAGGCUUCUGGAGGUCAGUGUGCAUGGGAGAGAUCAUGAUACCCAGGUCUUGAACAUACCACAGCUUCCUUCUUGAAAACCAAAACUUGAAAAAGGAACCAGCACAGUGAAACCAUGUACAUUGAACUUUCACCUGUAGUAUGCACAUGUCAAAUAAUAUCAAUACCAUUUCAAAUAGAAGGGAAGGCAUAUUAUUCGAUGCAAGUUCCAAAUACUAUGACUCCAGUUUUGUAUUGUAUGCAUCCGUGCAUGUCACAUUAUUACAAUGUUAAAUUGACUCCCGAGUGGCGCAGUGGUCUAAGGCACUGCAUCGCAGUGCUAGCUGUGCCACUAGAGGUCUUGGUUCGAGUCCAGGCUCUGUCGCAGCCGGCCGCGACCGGGAGACCCAUGGGCGGCGCACAAUUGGUCCAAGGUAGGGGAGGGUUUGGCCGGCAGGGAUGUGGGUUCGUUUCCCACGGGGGGCCAGUAUAAAAAAAAAACAUGUAUGCAUUCACUAACUGUAAGUCGCUCUGGAUAAGAGCGUCUGCUAAAUGACAAAAAAAAAAAAAAUAAAAAAUUUUCAAGUUCGUGUUUUUUAGGUAUCUGUGCUGUUUUACAUGACAAAAAUGUUGCUCAUAGUAUGCCAAAGAGAAGAAACAGCUUACCCAUUACUUAAUUGCAAUCCACCUGAAAACAGUGGUGAAUAUAGCUACAGUACAGUAGCUUUGACUAAGUCUUGUUCCUUCCCCUUCCUCCCCUUUCCAGAGAGAUGUUCGGGACAUCUUCACCCCCAUCCACUUUGAGCUACGGUAUGAGCUGGGGGAGCACAAUGUGGUGAGGGGCAACUCCAGGAGCUUUCCCCCUCUCAGGCCUGUGCUCAAGAGGGGAGGGGAGUACAGCAACUUACUGACCAACAAGGUAGGUUAAGGUGGAGUUCAAAGACUAGGGGCCCUGUUCAAAUACUUUGAAAUAAACCAUUCCUUUAUUCUAUGUUUCCUUAAGAUAAUCAAAGAUCAUACGUGAUUGGACAGGGGAAAGCAGGAUUGUCACCCAAUUAACCCAUUGUCAAAGAUUGUGGUGCAUUGAGUGGUUUUCUCCAUUGGUUUGAAUGGGAGAUUGGUCUUCCUGGGAAAAUGUUGUCCUGGUUACAACAGUAGCUAAGGAGAGCAGGACUUGACAAUGGGUCAAUUCAGAUAUGGACUGUACUUGAAGGAUGGGAUUUAUUUUCAAAAUAUUCAAACAGGGCCAACCAGUGGUGUGCUAUAUUAUUGUACUGUGUAGUAUGUAGUUAAUGCAUGAUUCAUCGUUUAGUAUCCUGGUUGUUCCAAGUUGGGCAUGAUAUGGCACUGGUAUGUGUAUAGUAUAUGUGUCAUUUUGUGCGAGGGUGGGUGGGUUUUCAGCCUUCUCUACUGGAAAUUUCACACAAGAUUAACAAAUUCCAUUGGCAAUUCUAACAUGUUCCAUGGUAUGUGAAAUUAGUUUCAAAUACAUUUUAAAUGUAUAUAGGAACAAAAAAUGCACUCCUCACAAAAAUGGUGUGAUUAUUUUAUUUUCACCACAUUUCUAACAUGUACAUUUCCGGCACUAUUUAGUAGUGAUUCUUGCAUUGUGCUUUGCACCUGAAGAGGAAGUAGUAAAUUAACUCACUAAAGGUAACAGCGUCCCACAGACUGUAUUCACCAGGUACUGUGCCUGGGCCAACUGUUCCACCAAUCUGCAAGUGUCUGCACAGCUGCUGCUACCGAGGUGAGCUCCUCCUCCCUCAGAUCAUCUAUCUUAAUCUUUACUCUUGAAUUUACUUGUUUCAUUUCACUCUGUGAAUUUAAUCUGGCGAGCACGGUUAGGAAUCAUUUCAUGCUGUGAAUACAGGGAAAAUAGGGGCUAUCUAUUGAUAAUGAGUGCAUGAAAAUGGUAGUAGGUUAUAUAUUAUAUUAUGUACAGUGAGGGGAAAAAAGUAUUUGAUCCCCUGCUGAUUUUGUACGUUUACCCACUGACAAAGAAAUUAUCAGUCUAUAAUUUUAAUGGUAGGUUUAUUUGAACAGUGAGAGACAGAAUAACAACAAAAAAAUCCAGAAAAACGCAUGUCAAAAUUUUAUAAAUUGAUUUGCAUUUUAAUGAGGGAAAUAAGUAUUUGACCCCUCUCAAUCAGAAAGAUUUCUGGCUCCCAGGUGUCUUUUAUACAGGUAACGAGCUGAGAUUAGGAGCACACUCUUAAAGGGAGUGCUCCUAAUCUCAGCUUGUUACCUGUAUAAAAGACACUUGUACACAGAAGCAAUCAAUCAAUCAGAUUCCAAACUCUCCACCAUGGCCAAGACCAAAGAGCUCUCCAAGGAUGUCAGGGACAAGAUUGUAGACCUACACAAGGCUGGAAUGGGCUACAAGACCAUCGCCAAGCAGCUUGGUGAGAAGGUGACAACAGUUGGUGCGAUUAUUCGCAAAUGGAAGAAACACAAAAGAACUGUCAAUCUCCCUCAGCCUGGGGCUUCAUGCAAGAUCUCACCUCGUGGAGUUGCAAUGAUCAUGAGAACGGUGAGGAAUCAGCCCAGAACUACACGGGUGGAUCUUGUCAAUGAUCUCAAGGCAGCUGGGACCAUAGUCACCAAGAAAACAAUUGGUAACACACUACGCCGUGAAGGACUGAAAUCCUGCAGUGCCCGCAAGGUCCCCCUGCUCAAGAAAGCACAUAUACAGGCCCGUCUGAAGUAUGCCAAUGAACAUCUGAAUGAUUCAGAGGAGAACUGGGUGAAAGUGUGGUCAGAUGAGACCAAAAUCGAGGUCUUUGGCAUCAACUCAACUCGCCGUGUUUGGAGGAGGAGGAAUGCUGCCUAUGACCCCAAGAACAGCAUCCCCACCAUCAAACAUGGAGGUGGAAACAUUAUGCUUUGGGAGUGUUUUUCUGCUAAGGGGACAGGACAACUUCACAGCAUCAAAGGGACGAUGGACGGGGCCAUGUACCAUCAAAUCUUGGGUGAGAACCUCCUUCCCUCAGCCAGGGCAUUGAAAAAGGGUCGUGGAUGGGUAUUCCAGCAUGACAAUGACCCAAAACACACGGCCAAGGCAACAAAGGAGUGGCUCAAGAAGAAGCACAUUAAGGUCCUGGAGUGGCCUAGCCAGUCUCCAGACCAUAAUCCCAUAGAAAAUAUGUGGAGGGAGCUGAAGGUUCGAGUUGCCAAACGUCAGCCUCGAAACCUUAAUGACUUGGAGAAGAUCUGCAAAGAGGAGUGGGACAAAAUCCCUCCUCAGAUUGUGCAAACCUGGUGGCCAACUACAAGAAACAUAAUAAUAAUAUGCCAUUUAGCAGACGCUUUUAUCCAAAGCGACUUACAGUCAUGCGUGCAUACAUUUUUGUGUAUGGGUGGUCCCGGGGAUCGAACCCACUACCUUGGCGUUACAAGCGCCGUGCUCUACCAGCUGAGCUACAGAGGACCACAACAUCUGACCUCUGUGAUUGCCAACAAGGGUUUUGCCACCAAGUACUAAGUCAUGUUUUGCAGAGGAGUCAAAUACUUAUUUCCCUCAUUAAAAUGCAUAUCAAUUUAUAACAUUUUUGACAUGCGUUUUUCUGGAUUUUUGUUGUUGUUUUCUGUCUCUCACUGUUCAAAUAAACCUACCACUAAAAUUAUAGACUGAUCAUGUCUUUGUCAGUGGGAAAACGUACAAAAUCAGCAGGGGAUCAAAUACUUUUUUCCCUCACUGUAUAUGUGGGUGCGUGCAUGUGUAUCUCUUUCCUUCCCUCCUCUCUCAUCUCUGCCCUGCAUCUUUCGGUCAGAGCCAUGAGGUUUGUCACCCUCUACAUGUCUUGAUUGCUCUUUACUGUAUGUGCUAGUAACUGUUACUCAGUCAGACAAAACCACAGCUGGACUCUGAGGUCUAAUUGUAAGAACUUUGAUUAUCUUUCUCUCUUUAUCUCACUUUAUAACUCUCUCUCUCUCUCACUCCUUCUCAGGACACACAGAGACAUGCCAUACGUUGCUCUGGGGGAGGGGAAGACCAUUCUACUGAACGUUACACUGUCCAAUGCUGGCGACGCUGCCUUCCUCCCCAUGCUUCACCUGAGAUACCCCAGCAAUCUCUACUUCAUCAAAGUGUUGGACGCUGUAGGAGCACUGCUAGCUGCUAACACAACCUUACACCUACCACCGAUGUCUUAUCUACUGUCAAACUGAAAUGUUGUUUAUUAGUCCACUAUUGAUACAAACCCUAAAAUUGUGUAUGUCAGCAGUCAAGUUUUUAAGAUCCCUUUCAGUACAGAGCAAAACUGUGAUCAUGAUGCGUUUUGAACUAUCCCUUUGAUACAGAGGGCUCUUGGCUCAUGCACAUGGGGCAUAUUGCAAACUGAAUGGGUCUAACUGAAUGUGGCACAUGUCAUUGCAGGAGGAGAAAUAUGUGAGCUGUAAAAUCGCAGAGGAAGAGAAGACAAGUGUCGGGCUGGAUUGCAGCGUGGGAAAUUUGUUUCUCAACGCCUUGGCCAAAGUAUGUACUUAAAGGGCAACUCCACCGCUUUUCAACUUCAUUUUCAUUAUCUGUGUCAACAUAUGUGAAAACGGCACACUUCUAUGUUUUGUAGAAACAACUGUAAAGUUAAAAAGGUUCUACCCGAUGACAUCAUCAAAAGUAAAACAUUCUAAAAACUGUGAUUUUCAAACAUGACAUUCGCGGUGAUGUGGGGAGCAAGAAAAUAUCCUCUGUUGUGCUAAAAACUCAUUGCAGGUUUUGGAAGUUAGUGUUUUUUACUUUUAAUCCUACCCUGCGAUGUCACACAGCAUUUUUUUUAGGACAUUUACAUUUAUAUUUCAGUCAUUUAGCAGACGCUCUUAUCAAGAGCGACUUACAGUUAGUGAAUGAAUACAUUUUCAUACUGGCCCCCGUGGGAAACGAACCCACAACCCUGGCGUUGCAAGCGCCAUGCUCUACCAACUGAGCUACAGGGGACCUUUCGUCUUAUCUUUUUAACCACAAAUCAUAGAAGCGUGCUGUUUUCACAUAUGUAGAGACUGGUUUGGUGCUAGAGAUAAUGAAUAUGAGGUUGAAAAGUGGCGGAAUUGCCCUUUAAAAGGUCCCACCAAAACAGGUUGAAAUGUCAUGCAGCCUUUUCAAACAGCUCAUACACUAAAAGGACAUUAUCAUCAUUUUCACAAUUUCACAUUGUUAUUCCAACCUCAUAGUGUGGAAAUAUAUAUAAAACACAGAAAAAUCACGUUUUUGACAGCACUGGGCUUGCACAGAAAGUACAAAAAGAGUUAAGCCCUCUUCUGCAAGGUUUUUCAGUCCAUUUACUUUUAAUUCCCUUGUGUGUGUUUUGUUAUCAAAAUACACUUCCUGGGUCACCAAAAGUGGUUCUGGGUCGUGUUCAUUAGAGAAUACUAUAGCAAAACAUCUUGCAAUGGAAAAGGACUAGUAUCUCCUCAUUUCACUCUGUUUUCUUCUGUUCUAUGCCUACUAAACACUACCCUGAUGUAUUUUUGUGAAACAAUGUCAUGAUCUGACAGAACAUAUUUAGAAUUUCUCAUGAUAUUAUGUCUCUAUCUCUUGCCCUCAAAGGUUAAUAUCAGCUUUCUGCUGGAUGUCAGUCCUGACAGUGAACCUGGUGACCUGAACAUUAUAAUCAAUGCAACCCGGUAAACAUUUACUGUCUCUUAUAUUUUUUAACACUGUCCUGUUUUCACUUGCUUUCCCUCUUGAUAACGAAAAAAUCUACGAAGGUAGCUGUUUGGAAUCUUAAACUGUUUUUUUUGUGUUAUGUGGUGGAUCUGGGCAUUUGUACUGAGUGUACAAAACAUUAAGAACACCUUCCCAAUAUUGAGUUGCAAUCCCCCCUCCCCCCUUUGCCCUCAGAACAGCCUAAAUUCGUCGGGGCAUGGACUCUACAAGGUGUCGAAAGCAUUCCACGGGGAUGCUGGCCCACAGUUGUCUUUUCACCUUUGGUUGGAUUGGCUGGGUGUCCUUUGGGUGGUGGACCAUUCUUGAUACACAUGGGAAACUGUUGAGCGUGAAAAACCCAGCAGCAUUGCAGUUCUUGACAAAAACCGGUGCGCCUAGCACCUACUACCAUACCCCAUUCAAAGGCACGUAAAUAUUUUGCCUUGCCCAUUCACCCUCUGAAUGACACACAUACACAAUCAAUGUCUCAAUUGUCUCAAGGCUUAAAAAUCCUUCUCAACAUGUCUCCUCCUCUUCAUCUACACUGAUUGAAGUCGAUUUAACAGGUGAUAUCAAUAAGGGAUCGUAGCUUUCACCUGGAUUCACCUGCUCAGUCUAUGUCAAAGAAAGAGCAGGUGUUCUUAAUGUUUUGUUCACCCAUUGUAUGUAUGUAAUAUAUAUAAUAUAUAUAUAUAUAUAUAUAUAUAUAUAUAUAUAUAUAUAUAUAUAUAUAUACAGUACCAGUCAAAAGUUUGGACACAGCUACAUAUUCAAGGCUUUUUCUUUAUUUUUACUAUUUUCUACAUUGUGGCAUAAUAGUGAAGACAUCAAAACUAUGAAAUAACACAUAUGGAAUCAUGUAGUAACCCAAAAAGUGUUUGAUUUUAUAUUCUUCAAAUAGCCACCCUUUGCCUUGAUGACAGCUUUGCACACUCUUGGCAUUAUCUCAACUAGCUUUACCUGGAAUGCUGUUACAACAGUCUUGAAGGAGUUUCCACAUACGCUGAGCACUUGUUAUCUGCUUUUCCUUCACUCUGCCGUCCAACUCAUCCCAAACCAUCUCAAUUGGGUUGAUGUCUGAGAAUUGUAGAGGCCAGGUCAUCUGAUGCAGCACUCCAUCACUCUCCUUCUUGGUAAAAUAGCCCUUACACAGCCUGGAGGUGUGUUGGGUCAUUGUCCUGUUAAAAAACAAAUGAUAGUCCCACUAAGCCCAAAACAAAUGGGAUGGCGUAUCGCUGUAGAAUGCUGUGGUACCCAUGCUGGUUAAGUGUGCCUUGAAUUCGAAAUAAAUCACGGACAGUGUCACCAGCAAAGCAUCCCCACACCAUAACACCUCCUCCUCCAUGCUUUACGGUGGGAAAUAGACAUGCGGAGAUCAUCCGUUCACCCACAUCGCGUCUCACAAAGACACGGCGGUUGGAACCAAAAAUCUCAAAUUUGGACUCCAGACCAAAGGACACAUUUCCACCGGUCUAAUGUCCAUUGCUCGUGUUUCUUGGCCCAAGCAGGUCUCUUCUUCUUAUUGGUGUCCUUUAGUAGUGGUUUCUUUGCAGCAAUUUGACCAUGAAGGCCUGAUUCACACAGUCUCCUCUGAACAGUUGAUGUUGAGAUGUGUGUGUGACUUGAACUCUGUGAAGCAUUUAUUUGGGCUGCAAUUUCUGAGGCUGGUUACUCUAAUGAACUUAUCCUCUGCAGCAGAAGUAAUUCUGGGUCUUCCAUUCCUGUGGCGGUCCUCAUGAGAGCCAGUUUCAUCAUAGCGCUUGAUGGUUUUUGCGACUGCACUUUCAAAGUUCUUGAAAUGUUCCGUAUUGACUGACCUUUAUGUCUUAAAGUAAUGAUGGACUGUCGUUUCUCUUUGCUUAUUUGAGCUGUUCUUGCCAUAAUAUGGACUUGGUCUUUUACCAAAUAGGGCUGUCUUCUGUAUACCCCCCCUACAUUGUCACAACACAACUGAUUGGCUCAAACGCAUUAAGAAGGAAAGAAAUUCCACAAAACAACUUUUAACAAGGCACACCUGUUAAUUUGCAUUCCAGGUGACUACCUCAUGAAGCUGGUUGAGAGAAUGCCAAGAGUGUGAAAAGCUGUCAUCAAGGCAAAGGGUGGCUAUUUGAAUAAUCUUUUGAUACGUGCAAAGCUGUCAUCAAGGCAAAGGGUGGCUAUUUGAAGAAUCGUUUAAUGUCUUCACUAUUAUUCUAAAAUGUAAAAAAUUGUAAAAAUAAAGAAAAACCCUUGAAUGAGUAGGUGUGUCCAAACUUUUGACUGGUAGUGUGUGUGUAUAUAUAUAUUGAAUAAAUCAGUCCCUCCUAAAACAUUACACCUGAACAUAUCUCUUUCUCUACACAGGGAGAAUUUUGAAAAUGAAAAUCUUCUCCAUGACAAUAUUGUUAAUCUUACUCUGCUAUUGAGAUAUGGAGUGAAUCUAAGCAUCCACGGGUAAGACAUGGUAUUACUGUAUUGUGUGCAAUAUUCUAGCAUACUACUUUAUAAACACUUAUAAAAUGUUGAUUUAUCAAUGUAUUUGUAAUUCUGUAUUCUGUGGCUGUAGUUUUGUAUCCCGAACAGAGUUUGUGUUUGGGGACUUUGAGGAUCCACGCUGCUCCGCUGAGAGGUUCAAUUACACUUUCAAGGUAUUGUUGUUAUAUGAUUUUCUAUAAUAACAGCACGGCCAGGCGAGAUAAUUGCAUUCUUUAACAGGAUUAUUAGAAAAAUGUAAUUGUCAUGAAUUCUGGCUAGGUCUCUAAUGUAAAGUUACGGCGCUUUAUGGUAUUAUUGUUCAUAUCUAGACAUGUAUCUUUUAAUAUCAUACUCAGGUUGUCAAUGUUGGUCCAAGCAUAUCUCACGGCACAAGAGUGGAAAUUGAUAUCCCCAAAGCUUUAGCACCGUAUCCAUACAGACUGCUCAACAUUUUGGACAUAAAG